AUGCCCGAGAAAUCGGACGAUGAACACAUCAACGCUGGCCCGCACUCCAGCCGAAGGUCCUUCAAGAAGACCAUGAAGUGCACCUUCCGACUGCUUAAACAGGAGUCUUUCAAAUCCAACAAUGUGAAACUGCGAAUACCAUCCUUUAGGGUGUGGCCGCGCGGAGCCAAAGAACUUUCCUCUGAGUUUGAAGGGCCUCCGGACUCCGCUAAGCUCCUGGAAGAAAUCGUACGUUGUUAA